UUCACCAGUAGCUGCAGUGCCCGCAACAGGUAUGCCCGAGUGCGCUCACCGUGUUUCGUAGUUCUGCUGAGCGAGAGCUUCGCACUCAUGUAGAGGCGCAGUGUCGAGGAACGAGAGAGUUCCUCGGCCGUGGGAUGCGUGGAAUUAUGUCGCCGUGGACGGAUGGACGGUAGUUCCUCGGCUCGCGUUGUCGCACUCGCUCAGCAACUGUAGAAGAGUUUGCCGGGACUGUGUGUCGAGUCAUGGACGGUAUCGUUACGUAGUUGAGACAGGAAGUGCGGCACACUGUGCGCAAUGAUGGACAACGAGGACUUCAGCAGUCCUGAAAGCCUGUGCUCCUUGGAGGCCUGGGACUAUAGCCUGGAGGUGCAGUGUCUUGCAGAUGAAAGCCUUAAAGAUCUGCAGUUGGCAGCAGAGCUAGGAAAGACUUUACUAGAGAGAAACAAAGAGUUGGAGACAAGCCUCAAACAGUACCAAGGAGUUAUAGAGGAUCAGGCACAGGAGAUAGAGUACCUCACUAAACAGACAGCUGCCCUAAGAGAAGUCAACGACUCUCGCUUACGGAUCUAUGAGCAAUUGGAAGUUAGCAUACAAGACUUAGAACGGACAAAUCAAAAGCUUGCUGCAGAUAACACCAACGACAAGAGGCACAUAAAGAGCCUCUGUGCCCAAAUUGAAGCACUAGAUGCAAAAUGUGAGGAGCUUCAGCGGACCCUGGAUGAGGUAACAGCGCAGAGGAAGAGGCAAGAACAGCUGCUACAGCAAAAUGAGAAACCAAUUGAAACACUUGCUAGUGGUUGCACGGCAGUCAAGCCCACAGAUGUGGCUAAUAGUACAUCACCUACUUCCAAGCAUUCACCAGGAGGAGAAACCAAAACAAAAGAUGCAUCAACCGAAGAGGUAGUUCAGCUGUUGAGUCAGCUACAAGAUUUGAGGACUGCGAAGGUGAAGGAGCAGGUCAGAGCAAAGGAACUUGAAGAACAGCUGGCUGUUGUGCUACAGGAAAAUGUCCAUCUCCAAGAACAGCUAGAAACCUUACAGAUGAAAGAAAAGGACUUGAAAUCCAUACAAGAAGAAAUCUCAACUCUGGAGGAAGUUAGACAGGGACAGCUCUGCAGAAGGUGUCUUCGUCUUACUGACACACGUGGGCAGGAUGAAUUGUCUCUAGUCAUGGACAAUGAGGAAGAUGACGUGACGAGUGUCAGCAAUUCUGUAACCAGUGAAACCUACUGCAGCACAGUCAUGUUACACAUAGAGGAUGACAACCCAUACAAGGAGUUGGAAGCAAGGUAUGCAGCUCUUCUGGAAAUGCAACGCCAGCCUCGUCGUCAUGCACCACCAUCACCCCCGAGCAACCAGUUAUCGCUACAAGAGGAAUUGCAGAUGUCAGGAGAUUUCAACAGCUUCCACCACAUAAAAGAUACAGAAAGUGACCAAGAGGCAUUGCCAGAAGUACCGCAGCAGAAUGGCAACCAAGUGUCUGGAGAGAAACAGCAGCCCAAUCGUCGGAGAGCAGGGAAGACAUCAUCUGCAACACCUACAGACUUUUCAGAAGCUGAAACUUCAUCAUCUGGAUUUUCUGAUGAAACUAGCAAUAAAUCAACACAAACAGAACUUUCUGGGUUACCAGCAGGUUCUUAUUUGUGUUCAAUUGCUGAUGGAGAAGACUGUCGAUUUAGUAUUUAUGAUGACGCUAGUCCUGUUGAGAGUCGCUUUAGGAAAACUCCAGAAUAUCGCCAACUGUUCAGAGAAAUAUUUGCAGUGUUAAAGCGUGCAGCUGAAGAAAAAGGAGAAGGUGAACAGCUGCCACGUCUGGAUGAUGCAACACCAACUCGCGAGGCUCUUCCCAAAGUGCCACCUGCAACUCCAGCUAAGGAAGAAGCACCUCUAGAGUUUGCCACCAAAGAGGAGUGUAAGAAAGAAACUAAAACUAUGCCCAGACAGAGACAGCCUAACAGUAAGAGGAUGGAAUCUCAACCAAGUGAACCAGAGAAAGCUAGCUCUUCAGAGAAUCCUGGCACAAGUGCUGAAAGUUCUAACAGUGGACUUGUUCUGAGACCGCUCCCACCAAAGUCAGAACAAAUAGAAUACUUAUCAGUAGGUAUUGCAGUGAAAAAGAAGGGAAAGAGAAAAAAUUCACCAAUGAAACGCAUGAAUGUUGCAGUGGAGACGUCUCCAGUUGGGACUAGUGGUCUGAACUACAGUGGCCGAGCGUCAAACUCUGGUAGGAACAGGCAGCAGCAGCAGCAGACACGUACGUGGUAUCGCAGUGAUAGCCCCAGACAUCACAGCAAUAACAGUAGUCGAUAUGCAGCAUAUGAUAAGUCGUGGGAACCACAGCAACAGUUUCCAAGCCCAGCGUAUGAAGGUGUUGUUAAACUGAAGCAACUGGACAUGUCGUAUGCAGAAGCUCUUCGCAAUGGGCCACGGAAAACAUCACCUGGUAAUGUUAACGGAUACAGAAAAUGAGAAAUCGGGGGAAAAUAUGCAACCACCAAAAGAUGUUCUGUAUACUGUGCUAAUUACUUGAUAGUUUUAGGUGAAAAAGUGUUAAUGUAAAUUUUAUGACAUUGUGGGCCUGAAUCAAAUUAAUGUGACUCGUGUACAUAACAGUGAAAAUGUGUUUAAAGAUCUGUUAUGUGGCCUGGAGAAUAUACCCUACCAAUAACUAUUUGAUGGAAGGAAUUGCGCAAAGAAAAUUGUAAAUUUUCUUUCUUGUACAGCUCGUGACUAAUGCAUUUGUGUAAAGUGCAAUAUAUAUAUAUAUGUAUGUGAAACAGUACAAUUUUGUAACAAGAAAGAUCUUGUACCCUUUCUUAAAACAAAUAACAAAUCUAAAUAUAUUAUUUGUAUUAAUUUAUCUGGUUUCACCUUAAAAUUCCAAUAAUCAAAUAAACUAUUUUUUCUCUGGUUGUUGAUAAUGUUUUUAAGUGGGCACAUUACAACUUCAAAGUGCCAGCUUUCUUGCCCAGUUCUAUCUGUGAGAAAAUGGUGUCUUACAACUACAUGCCAAUUUCAGUCAUAUUUUUUCUUGGCUCGUAGCAAACAUUUUACAGGUUUGUAAUAUAAAAAUAUUUUCCUUUAGGUGUUUAAAGAAAGCAUAGAAAUUAACAAUUCUGUAUCUCUCUCUUUCAAAGGCAAAACUGAAGUUUUAAUACUGUUGCAUCAAUCAGAUAAGUGAAAGAUUGUAUCUCAAUGGAAGCUGUAAAUUGUAAUUAAUGCAUCUGUUAUGUCUGUAAAUCUUAUGUUUAGCUAUUUUUCUCCAUGCUUAAUGUAAAUGAAUGAGAGAGGCAAAAUAUUAUGCCAUCCACAUGCAGAAGAGCAAAACUGUGUUGUCAUUGAAUUUCUGACAAACAAGUCAUACUGAAUUAUUAGGACACUUUUAAUGUAUGCUUUGCUACUUAAAACUACUGCAUUCAAAUUAGGAUGUUCUGUUUCUCUGUACAACAAGGACAUGCAUGUGCAGAAUAUUCUCAGUUUCAGCAUGUUCUAAUUUAAACACUUCUUCCAAACAGAAAAUAACUUUUACCAUUGCAUUAUUUAUAUGUAAAAAUGAAGAAAUAAUUCAGUAUUUGAAAAUGGCAAAGCACUCCAGUGUGUUUAAUAAAUGUAUGUUGAAUGUAGGCAUGCAUUAAGAUGUAGUUGAACUAAUCCAACUACACACAAUGGUAACUGCGUAUUUUACCAUUUAUUUACAUUUGUGCUGAUGGAAGUACAAUAAACAGAAUCCUAUCUGAUGAUUAGACAACAGUUUGAUGUUUUGAGGUAUUAAAAUUGGAAGUGAAUUAUGUGCAAAAUUAAAUUUGAAAUAAACUAAGUGUUUUCAUAAC